UCGUUUGGAUUGAUUGUGUCAUUGAUAAUAAUCAGAUAAUCAAAUUUCCCCAUUCAUGACCAGAGGUGUUGAAUGCAGUACACAGCCACAUCUUAGCGUCUGUGGUAAUUCUGAUACCUAUCGAUAUGACUGCUUUCCUAUAAUGUCGACCAGCUCUCCCCGAACAACCCCGAGUCCCACACCAACGCACGCCUUCCAAUUUCAGGUCGGCGGCCAUGCAGGGAACAUGAUGUCUACCGAUGACGACGCGUUGAUCAUCAAGAAAGCCUUGCCCCGGGAACUCGAAUUCUACGAGACGGUCGCAGCUUCGACGGACCCCCAGGUCGAUGCGCUUCGACCCUUCAUUCCCACGUUCCUGGGUACGCUAUCUCUCGCUGACGAUGUCGAUGUGAGCCAGGUGGCAGCGGAACCGAAGAAAGAGUCCCUUGUCCUCGAGAACAUCGUGUAUCCAUUCGUCAAGCCAAAUAUCCUCGAUAUCAAACUUGGCACCGUCUUCUGGGAUGAAGACACACCCCCGGCGAAGAAAGCGAGGAUGAUCAAGACAGCCGAGACUACGACGUCUCUGGAGACGGGGGCGCGCCUUGUUGGCUUCCAGGUAUUCGAUCACGAGCGAGGCGAGCCCGUGUUUACGCCCAAGACUUACGGCAAGUCAAUCACUCCAGCUCAGCUUCCCGAGGGCAUGGCCCGUUUCUUCCCUGUUGCGACCGAGGAGGCGCCGAACCAGGGCUUGCCGCCCGCUCUUCUCUUGCAGAUUCUCACUCUUCUUCGAGAGGAAAUCGAAGACCUGCGAGACGCGUUUUCUGCGAUGGAAAUGCGGAUGAUUGCUGGGAGCUUGUUGAUUGUGUACGAGAGCGAUGCUGAAAGAGCAGAGGCUGGGAUACGGUGGCUUGAGGAGGAGGACGAUGAUGAAGGCGACGAGGACGAGGAGGGCGAGGACGGGACUGACGAGCCUGGCGGAUUCGAUAACAAGCGAAAGCAAGGUCCUCCGUGCGAUGCCCGCUUGAUAGAUUUUGCCCACACCAAGUUUGUCCCUGGGCAGGGUCCAGACGACGGUGUCCUGCUAGGUCUGAACACUGUUUUAAGGUUGUUGGACGGAAGAAUGACGGAGAUCCAAGAAUAACCAUACAUCCACAUUUCCCUAAUUACUUACUUAAAUACAACAACUAGCAUGAACAAUUAUUUGAACACCAAGGGAUGCUAGCGAUACACGGAUGGUAUAACUUGGAUGUUAGCGUCUGUCGGGCGUGGAAGAAUCGUCGAAUCGGUCGUUCACACUCGUUCCUCUGCACCGGGGCCGGCAGGCAUGUUUUUCCGCAUGUUUCGAGAAGCCCGGGCAUGGCGAGCACGAGCUGCAGCGUUCGGCCGGUUGAUGGGGCUCUCAUCGCCAGUGUAGAGGAAGACAUCGUAGAACAAUGCGCCAGCUUGAGCACCCAGAAUCGGACCGAGGAUCGGACACCAGAGCCAGUACUGACUGAGAAACGGUCAAAGACAUUCCGGAAAACAAGAGAUAGACGACACACUUCCUGUAGUUGAAGACCUGUCUUCCAUAUCCGACGAUAGCCGUGGUGAUGCUAUACAAAAUCAGAGCUGAGAAAAACAGAAGCUGCGACCGGCGGACUCACCGGGGGCCGAGGUCACGAGCAGGAUUCAACGCGUAGGCGGUUUCCAUUCCGAGACAUGCGCCGAGGCCCAGAAUGAGCAGGAACAGGAAGACAGGGCCGGUCCCCGCGGGCACUGGCAUGUUCUUCUUGUCGUUGAUAGCCAUAAUCAUGACCAUGAGCACAGCAGUAGCGAGGAACUCGGAGAAGAAACAGGCGACGUUGGGCAUGUAUGCCAGCUGCGCGCGACUUGUGAGCACCUGAUGGUGUCACAUGCUUGGAUGUACGUACAGCAUAAGUUGAGAACAAGCCCGCAGUCGCUAAUGUCCGACGUCCAUCUUCGAAGACGUUCUGCAGGCAGAUUCAGCGAAGCAGAGGAGCACACGAAUCUCCAAACAGCUUACAAUGGCAUGAUAGUAGUCGGCGUAAACCAGAGCAGCGCCGACAGCGCCGCCGAGAACUUGGGCGAGAAUGUAGCCCGGCACUUUUUUCCACGGGAACCCACGGUAAGUAGCGAGUGCGAUAGUGACAGCAGGAUUGAUAUGUCCACCGCUGAUACCUGCAGCCCUGGUCAGCGAAGGAGACCUCGACCAGAAGAGCACGAACCGCCGGAUACCCAGACACCCAUCGCCGUGCCGAUCGCCCAGCCAAACGAGAUGGACAAGUAGCUCUAGGCGGAUGAGAGACAUGAGAAUAAGAUGGGUUGUGUGUCACUGACCCCUUGUUGAGAUGCGGCCACUCCAGUAUUAGCGGACAGUGUCACCUGGCAGUUCACACCAUUGCCGAAGAGUAUCAGGAUGCAGACCCC